GCUGUCUGGGGGUGUCAAGUUCCAUGACGAGAAAAACUACACUCCCCACAACCCCUUGCGCCUCCGGCUCGCUGCGGUUGCUUAUGGCCAAUCGGGAGAGGCAGCUGUGGCGGGGGCCGAGGAGGGACAUUUUAAAAGGGCCGGAGAUUGCGGGCGUCAGUGGCCAUGGCGGAUACAGCGACUACAGCAUCGGCAGCGGCGGCUAGUGCCGCUAACGCCUCGACCGAUGCACCUCCUUUCCAGCUGGGCAAGCCCCGCUUCCAGCAGACAUCCUUCUACGGCCGCUUCAGGCACUUCUUGGACAUCAUCGACCCGCGUACACUCUUUGUCACUGAGAGACGUCUCAGAGAGGCUGUGCAACUGUUGGAAGACUACAAGCACGGGACCCUGCGGCCAGGGGUUACCAAUGAGCAGCUCUGGAGCGCACAGAAAAUCAAGCAGGCUAUUCUACACCCGGACACCAAUGAGAAGAUCUUCAUGCCCUUUAGAAUGUCAGGUUACAUUCCUUUUGGGACACCAAUAGUGGUUGGUCUUCUCUUGCCCAACCAGACAUUGGCGUCCACUGUCUUCUGGCAGUGGCUGAACCAGAGCCACAACGCCUGUGUCAACUAUGCAAACCGCAAUGCUACCAAGCCUUCACCUGUGUCCAAGUUCAUCCAGGGCUACCUGGGAGCCGUCAUCAGUGCCGUCUCCAUCGCUGUGGGCCUUAAUGUCCUGGUUCAGAAAGCCAACAAGUUCACCCCAGCCACCCGCCUCCUUGUCCAGAGAUUCGUGCCAUUCCCCGCCGUAGCCAGCGCCAACAUCUGCAACGUGGUCCUGAUGCGCUACGGGGAGCUGGAGCAGGGGAUCGACGUCCUGGACGGUGAUGGCAACCUCGUGGGCUCCUCCAGGAUCGCAGCCAGACACGCCCUGCUGGAGACGGCGCUGACACGAGUGGUUCUUCCCAUGCCCAUUCUGGUGCUACCUCCAAUCGUCAUGUCCAUGCUGGAGAAGACGGCUCUCCUGCAGGCCCGCCCCCGGCUGCUCCUCCCUGUGCAAAGCCUCGUGUGCCUGGCAGCCUUCGGCCUGGCCCUGCCACUGGCCAUCAGCCUCUUCCCACAGAUGUCAGAGAUCGAAACGACCCAGUUAGAGCCUGAGAUCGCCCAGGCCACCAGCAGCCGGACGGUGGUGUACAACAAGGGGCUGUGAGCAGUGGCCGGCUGGCCUGGGGACAGAGCGUUGUCUGGGCCAGGAGCUGGGGGCAGGGAAGAGCUGCACCUGCAGGGAGAGACAAGCUGACUCCACCCCCACCCCCGAGUCCUGGGCCACCUGGGGGAGCGACCCCCCCCCCAGUGGUAGAAAGACUAAUCUAUUCACGCGUUAACACAAGGGAGAGAAAUUCUGACACAUUUACUAUAAAAAAUAAUCAAGUGCAUUUCUGGGCCUUACAUAGGGUUGUCAAAACUCUACUUAGCACAAUUAUAUGUGAAGCUGAAAAAUUGGAGAGUGCCCACAGGGUAGGAUUCGGGUUCUUUUGUACUUUGGUUUCUUUUUUAUUUUAAUUUUUUUUAUCAGAAUCAAGCCUUGGUCACAGCUGCCCAGAUGCAGCAGGUGGACAGGUGGUGCGAGUGGGAGUAGGCGUGGGAGCUGGUUGAUUUGGUGGCCAGUCUGGUAGAUUUAAGAUAGGACCAUGCUCAGGCCUCAUAGCUCCCUGGGCUGGGCUGGGCUAGGCUGGGCUGGCCUGGGCUGGGGAGGGGAGGCAGUCUCCACUUCACUGGGUGAACCAGCUAUGAUUAAGUUCCUUAGGAGGUGGCCCAGGAAGGAAAGGGGCACUGGAAGCCUCUGGAAGCUUCUGGAAGCUUCCUUGGGUAGCUGGCUCUGUGUGUGGCCCGCCUUCAUUCAUGCCACACCCGCAGAACCAGUUCUUCGGCAUGAAGCCCUGUGACACACUGGGGCUGGCAUCACCCUUCACGGAGCCACGAUCCAUUUGAGGCCCUUGCGGUGGCCCCAGCUCCAGGCAGGAAGCCCUGAGAAAGGAAUGACAUUUGACUGGAACCAGGCCCGCCCUCUGGCCUCUGUGGGAAGAUCUCCCCCCAGGCCCAGGCUGGAAGCUGGGUAUGGGGCAGAGGAUGGGGCUGGAGCUGAGGCCUCACUCCUGAGAGUGCAGAGCCCAGUUCUCUAGGCAUCUACUUGAGAGCAUCACCCCAGGAAGAGUGGGCCCCCCCUCAGGCUGUGUGACCCUGGACAAAUCUACUCGCUCCUCUGAGCCUCCACGCCCUAUCUGGAACCACGGAACUGCCCUGAGGGGUUCCCACCUGCUCUUUCAGCUAGACUUCGUCUUUGCCUGUCCUGCUCCGAUGCUGGUCAUUCCAGGCACAUCCUCAGCAUGAACACUGGACUGGGAGUGGGGCAGGCUCCUUUGGGAAUGGCCAGCAGCUGUCCUCGGAGCCUGGACCUUGCCCUUCUGCAUGUGAACGUGCAUCCCAAGAGCCCUCAACCUUGGUCAAACCCUUCACCACGUUCUGAAGGAGGAGGAGUGUGCAUGCCUGGGCCUGAGAGUGGGCCUGCUGGGGCUUCUGAGGCCCCUUGCUGCUGGCUCUAUCUCCCUCUCACUUGUGGGCCAGGAAAGAGCAGGCCUCAAGGCACCGCUUACCCGACCCCAGGUGGAAUGAAGCCCUUGAUACACAGCUGAAGAGCCUCUGCCCACCCCUGGCGACUCUACCUGGGAGAGACCUGGCUAGAGAGGAAUACAUGCACUUGCAGGAAAAGGCCAGUGCAGAGCAGCAAGGACGUGGCCACAGGCGGCUCUUGCCAUCCUGAGGGCGGGGUGGUUGUAAUGAGGUAGGUCCUCCAGGGCGCUGACACCAUGCACGCCCCUGCCCCUGAAGCUCCUGCUGCCCUCACCGCCCAGCCAGGCCCUGGUGCCCACCCCAGAUAGUUCUUCAGGGUAUUGUCCUGUGGGGUCCCCACUCUCCUGAGCUGCAGCCCACCCACUGCCCAUCAGGAAAGAGAGAAGGAGGAGACAAGCACAGAGGACUAAACUGCAGAGGGGGUACCACGGUAUUGGCAGGGCAGGUCGUUUUUCAGCUAAGUUCGCCAAAAUGUGAAUGUGCCAAUGACUGGGCAGGUGAGGGUCCUCUUUUGAAAGGCUCACUUGGAGCUCGCCUCGCCCCACCUCUCAUAGGGUCUUGUUCUUGUGCACUUUACCUUGGGACCAAAACUGCUCACCGCAGCCCCACGCCCACCCUCUCCGGGGGCCUGGCAGAGAUGGGGUCUUUCCAAUCCACCUCCCUGUGAGCUGCCCUGGCCCAGCCCUGCCCCUGCCCCAGCCCUGGGAGCCCUGUGGCCUCAGCAUCUCAUAACCUACUUUGUCUCCCACGUGACGUCUGGAUGGGCUCCCAAUGCAAUUUCCCAGGAGCCACGGGUGUUUCUCCUGGGGGCAUAGGAGGGGUGGAGGGUGAAGGAUCCUUGUAGCUCAAGGUCAUGGCAACCAAGGUUCAGUGGGCCAUGCUGCUAAGUCUUGGUCUGGCUGCGAAAAAUGUCAUGAGGGGAAACGCUUGGCCGACAUCCAUCCUGCACUCUGCUGAGGCCAGAGGAAGGGAGGCCUCGGGGAGCAGACUGGUUCAUAACUGGGGGGAGGCUCAACCCCCUGCCCCCCCACUGAGGGCGGGGCCUGGCCUAGCUGGGCCGGAAUAUAGGGCAUUCCUUCAACUGGUUCUCUAGCCCUAGCGUGCCUGCCCGCCCUCUGGUCACAUCAAGCGUUCCCUCAGGCUUGGGGGAGGCCCUUCCCUCAUACCAGAGAGUAAUCUGAGAGCCCAGGCACCCAAAGCCCACGAUGUCAAAAUGGCCAAUGGACCCCUUUCCAAUUCCUGACCGUGAGCCAGCUGGUCCCCUGUCCUGGGCCUCGAGCCCGGAAGCAGGGUGACAUUUUGAAAAGGAGAAGGGCCGGUGGUUUUCCAGCUCUGGGCCAGUGUGAGGCCCAGUGAGGCGCUAACACACAGGCCUUGGCCACUCCCAGGGGACUUUGCAGUGUCUUUUUAACCUUCUCAGAAAAUGUCUCAAUCUCUGUGAUGUAUGUCAUACUAAUGAGCCGUGGGCAAUAAAGGGUGGACUUAAUGCCCCAGA